AUGGAUCCGGAGGGGAGUCUGACGGAUCAUUCUCCACCGGUCAACAACGUUAAGAAUCCAUGGGUCGCAGUGACAAAGGGGAAGCAUGUUAUGAAGAAAUACGAGUUUGAGAUGUCGGUAUCGGAAGGGAAAAAAUCUGUAGAAGUUCCAAUUGAUGUCAUUGAAAAGGCUAAUCCAUUGUGGGGUGAUUUUGUGAUCGCGAGGUUCCUGGAAACAGCUCCUCACGUAGCAAAGGUUCAUAUGAUUGUGAAUAAGAUCUGGGCUUUUGGUGAGAAAAAUCAGAAGUUUGAUGUCUAUGAGAUGGAUUCACACACGAUGAGGAUCAGGAUUCCACUAGAGAAGAUCAGAAACAAAGUUGUGAGGAGGGGUAUGUGGAACAUCGCUGGAGUACCCAUGGUGGUUUCGCACUGGUCACCUGAGGAGGAUGCAUCACGGGCGGGUCUCAUCCCUCUUUGGGUCCAUGUGACAAACGUACCUAUGAGCAUGUAUUCUUGGGAGGGAUUGAGUUUCAUAACUAGUGCAGCUGGAGUUCCGGAUCAUUUGCAUCCAGAGACCUUAGCUUGUACGAACUUUGACAUUGCUAAGGUGUUUGUUAUGGCAGAUUUAACUAAAGAACUUCCGGAAAAGAUCAGCUAUAACAUCCAAGGGAAAGACACCACAGUUCAGUUCACAUAUCCAUGGUUACCAGCAAAGUGUAUCAAGUGUGGAAGAUGGGGUCACUAUGAUACAUUCUGCAAGGAUAAGAAAGAAGCUGCUAUUGUGACGAUCGAAAAAGAAGCGCAGGAGAUGAAUCAGAACACUGAAAAUUUGGAGGUAAAGGAAAAUGAAAGGAGUAAGGAAAAAACAGUAGUGGAUAUGAUCAGUAAGGGAGAUGAGGGCAAUAAAGAGGCAGGAGAGAGUAGUAUAAGCAGUAAGAGUGUGAUGAAGGUAGUUGAAAAUCUGGAAAGUGAAUGGAGAGAAGUUUCUAUGGAGAAAGCAGGGAGGAGUCCUAAAGUGCAAGUGCAGGAGGUAUUAACUACUCCAUCAAGGUAUGAAGCUUUAAGUAAUGCGGAUGAGAAUGGUAUUGAGUUGGUAAAUGAUGAGAUAGUAGAAAAAGAAAUAGAAGAAGAAGGUUUUGAGGAAGUGGAGGAUCUAAGUCAGAGUAGAAUGGAGGAAAGUGUGGAAGAAAAACUGAAAGAGAAUAAGAGGGGAAGAAGACAGCAUCUUCCUAGGCAAUCAAAGAUCAACCAUAAAGUAGUUCAAGGUAGAGGGGGUUCCACUAAAAAUCUCUAA